AAGCUCCAAAGAUGCUUGUAGAGUAAACAAGUACAAGAAACAAAACAAAGAGGAGAGAAGAAGAGGAAGAAGAAGAAGAAGAAGAGAAGAAGAGGAGGGAGUUUUUAGUGAAUUAUGGCAACUCAAGCUCUUCUCUCUUCAAUGGAGGCUGGGAGGCAACUCCUUGGUGGAAGGCCCCUUCACCAUGCACCCACUAGAUCCAUUGGGUCUUCAAGGAAAGCCUCUUUUGUUGUAAAAGCUGCUGCCACUCCCCCAGUCAAGCAAGGAGCAGACAGGCAGCUGUGGUUUGCAUCUAAACAGUCCCUUUCUUACUUGGAUGGCAGCCUUCCUGGUGACUAUGGAUUUGAUCCACUGGGGCUCUCGGACCCGGAGGGCACCGGCGGGUUCAUCGAGCCCAGAUGGUUGGCCUACGGCGAGAUCUUCAACGGCCGGACCGCGAUGGUUGGUACCGUAGGCGCAAUUGCACCAGAGAUCCUAGGCAAGCUGGGCCUGAUCCCCCCCGAGACCGCCCUCCCGUGGUUCAAAACCGGUGUGAUCCCCCCCGCGGGAACUUACCCCUACUGGGCUGACCCCUACACGCUCUUCGUCUUCGAAAUGGCCCUGGUGGGAUUCGCGGAGCACCGGCGGUUCCAGGACUGGGCCAAUCCGGGGUCGAUGGGCAAGCAGUACUUCCUAGGCCUGGAGAAAGGGCUGGGGGGGUCGGGCGAUCCGGCGUACCCCGGCGGGCCCUUUUUCAACCCGCUGGGGCUUGGCAAGGAUGAGAAGUCGAUGAGGGAGAUGAAGGUCAAGGAAGUGAAGAAUGGGAGGUUGGCAAUGAUGGCAAUCGUCGGCUACUUCGUGCAAGCGUGGGUGACUGGGGUGGGUCCCUUUCAGAACCUGCUGGACCACCUCGCCGACCCAGUCAACAACAAUAUAUUGACCAACCUCAAGUUCCACUAGGAGGGUACGUUAGGGUUCCUAUGUGCAUGGCUGUUUCCUGAUCCUCUCUCUCUCUCUCUCUCUCUCUCUCUCUCUCUCUCAGGCAUGUAAUUGGUGUAUUAUUAUUAUCUAAUCUAAUAUGAAAUGUUGAUAAAACUUUGUGAUUUCUCUCUACUUUUGGAACCUCUAGUUCUUGAUGUGUUGAUAUUAA